AUGAGGAAAAUCAACUUUGAGGGUACUUCAGAGUCAGAGAAUCAGACAGCAGGUGAGGAUGAGGCAGAAAACCAUCUGAUAACCAAUGAGAAUGAGGCAAACACCCUUCAAUUAACAGGAACAAAUGAUGCCCAUCUUGAAACCGAGCCCACCACAUCAAGCCCACAAGAACUGGUGCCUAAUCUCCAACCCAGAGUGACAGAUACAGCUCCUUCAUUAUUUCAAGAUACCUCAACUAUGAAGCCUUUAGGCCAUGAUUGUGAAGUUGCAGAGAAGAUGGUGGAGGAAGAGGAAAAAAAGGAAGAAGAGAAGGAAAAACAAAUGGGCCAGGAGAUAGAGGAGACCUUCAUUUCACAGAAUGAUGAACCAGAAGGUGAAGACUUAGAGAUGGAUCUUGUCGUCCUAGAUCCAAAUCAUCCACUUAUGAAGAGAUUCCAGUUUUCUCUGAAAAAACAUCUAUCAAAACAGCUGGACAAGCUCAACUUAGAGCAUACAGAAAAAGUGAGUAAAAUGAAAACAUGGCAAAGAGAGCUAGAGGAACUAGGUGUAAUUUUGUAUACUGUCCAGCAGGAUUUAGUAAAUACACAGAUGGGAUUAGAAAAACUCCACAAUGAGAAAGCUGACACAACCAUCACACGAAAGAAGGUAGAGGAUGAACUAGAUAAAGUAAAAAUUCUACACAAGAAACUGCAAUUGAUUAGCAAUGAAGAGCACCAUAAUGUGUUACAGCUUCAAGCAGAAAUUGAUAACUUAACCCAGCAUCUCCUAUAUAUGGAAGGUAUGACUAAAGAUGUGAAUUCUGAGAUUAAAACUAUGAAAUAUGUUACUCAGAAAUCUGAAACAAGCAAAGCUGAAGUAGAGCAGCAGAAACAUAAGCAAGACUUACUUGUUAAUAAGUUGACUAAACACAUGGACAGCCUCCGACAGCAGAUUGCUAUGUACAAGGCACAAGCGACAGCACAGUCUGAAGAAAAGGCAGCAGCAAGAACUGCUGUUUCUGAGGCCAGUCUUGAAAUGGAGACUAUCUGCAUUGAGAAGAAGCAAAUCAUAAACCAGUGGAACAGUUGUCUUUUGGGAAUGAAGCAUCGAGAUGAAGCCUACACUGCAGUGCAUGAAGCUCUGGGACAGUCAAAGGAACAAGUUCAAUCCUUAAAUACAGAAGCUGAAUGUUGUAAAAAGUCCAUCAUAAAGGAAGAAGAGGAAAGUGAGCUAAUGACAAUUAUUUUGAAGCGUGUGGAAUUUAAGAGCAAUAUCACAAAAAAAAAGAUUUCUCUUUGCCUGGCUAACCAAGAAGCAUUGAAUACCGAGUACAAUGAAUACACUUUUUCUUUGCAUGAGAAAGAACAAGAGUUAUGUACUGUGAUGGCAGACCAUGUAGUUAAAAGGAGUGAACUAGAAGAUCUACGAAGAAUAACUGACAAAGAAAUUAUCAUUAAGGUAAAGUUGGAAGACCAGAUAAUGGAAAAAAUUCAGGAACAGAUCACACUGGAUCAAGCUGCAAAACUCUCAUCCCAAGUAAUCGAAAAGCUUGUCUUUCACAAAAGGCAAUUGGAAAUAGAUAUUACAAAAGUAGAGAAUGAAGUAGCACAGAUUACUCUUGAUUGCAACAGCUUGAAACUGAAGUUGAACUCAUUGGAGAAGGUAUUAGAUCAGCUAGACAAAGAUAUCCUAACAAAAGAUGAAAUCAUUUCUCAGAGUGAAGCUGAAAUUGCUAACCACAUUACUCUAAUUGACCGCAAGGAGAAAACCAUCAGUGCAUAUAAUCAGAAAGUUGACCAAAUUGCUGCCAGACAGCAGGAGCUUAGAUCCCUGAGGAUGAAGCACAUAACACUGACAAAAUUUAUUGAAUUACAUAAAUCAGAGACUGAAACUAUGCAGCAAGCCUGGUUACAGCAUCAAUAUAAACUUGUUAUGAUGACUAAGGAGAGGGAGGAACUAACUGCAUCUGUGGAAGAAAAGAGAAAGAAGCUUCUGGUUUUAGAACAAAAGAAAAUACGCCUGGAAAAUGAAAUUCAUCAGGAAUUGAAUGAGCAGAAAGACAUUGAACGAUACAUUAAAAAUUUGUCCAAUGACAUGGAAAAACUCAGCACACUGUUAUUCAAGAAUGGCACUAUAAAGGAGUCACUGAAGGAAAGCAACCGACUUAUGGAGGAUGAGUUUGUACAAAGGCUGAGAGAAGCUGAAAGAGAAUCGAUUAAAAUUAAGUUUAAGUUAGAAUGGUUACAAGAAGAGAAAAACCGAUUACUGAAUAACCUAGUGGAAGCUGAAAAGCAGAUUAUGCUAUGGGAGAAGAAAACAUACUUGGCAAAAGAGACACGUGCUGCUGUUGACUCCACUGUUGGUCAAGGUGAAGUUCACUCUAUGAAAUGUGAGAUACACCGAAUGAAAGUAUUGUUUGGACAACUAAUGAGGCAACAGGAGAAGCUGACAAGAGAUAUGGAAGCUGUGGUAGCCCGUAGAGAGACAGUUGUUGUUAGAGAAGAAGCUCAGGGAAAGAGGGAUAAAAAGAUAAUGAACCGCAGCAGCAUACAGAACAAGAUGCACAUUCUGAAAAAGAGGAUGCAAGAUAUCCAAAAGCAAGUAGCACACUGUGAUUCUGCCAUACAAGAACUUCUGGAGGCACAUCAGUCACUCACUGAAAUUUUAAAUGAAAAAAAAACACACAUCUCCCAGUUGCAAGAUACUUAUGAAAUACUAAUGCAGAAUGCCAACAGACUGCAGGAGAUAAAAGAGAAAAGUUUUUGUCAGUCUUUAACAUAUCAAACCCGACAAAAGCACCUUCAGGCCAUCAAAGAUGGCAAAUAUGUCCCUCUUGUUAAAACAAAGCAAAGUCUGGAUCUCGAAAUAAAGAAACAAGAAGAUUCUAUCAAUUCAGUUUGCAGCAUUAUCAGCCGAAUUUGCCAGGAGUAUCCAGAGUAUCAUGGGGCACUCCGAAAGGUAACACUAGUACUGGCAGCAAGACAGCAGACUGUUAAGCAAAGUGCGUAA